AUGCGGCGUUGCGUGGCUCUCGCGGCCUGCACUUCGGCCAUGGGCUACUCCUUCGAAAGCCACGUGGGCUGCAGCUACUCCCACAUCUAUCCGGAGCAGUAUGUGGCAUACAAGACGUCGGAGCUGUUUCCGGGGAGCCUCGACGGGGACCUCACAAAGAAGGUCUGGGAAGACGUCGUCUGGACCAAGGACUUCGUUGAUAUCUCCACGCACACUCAGCCGCGACUGCGCACCCGUGCGAAGAUGCGGUGGGAUGACAGGUUCCUGUACAUCGGCGCCGAGCUCCAGGAACCCCAGCCCUGGGCCACGCUGACGGCGCACGACAGCGUCAUCUUCCAGGACAAUGACUUUGAGGUUUUCGUUGACGCGAAUGCCACCACCCACUUCUACAAGGAGUUUGAGAUGAAUGCUUUCAAUACAACCUGGGAACUCUGCCUCAACAAGCCUUAUGGUGACGGCGGAUAUGAGAACUCCACGCGCGUUUAUGGCAGCAAGGGCUGGACCAUGGAGCCCCCGCUGCGCUGUGCGGCGAACGUGCAGCCUCUUGGGGCUCUGAACAACCCGAAGCUUCCGGGUGAGCGCUGGACCGUCGAGAUUGCGCUGCCGCUGGCCAGCCUGGCUGAACGGACAGGGGCUCGAGCACCUCCGCGCCCCGGCGACUUCUGGCGCGCAAGCUUCAGCCGAGUGCAGUGGGCCGUCAAGGUGAACCCCGAAACUGGCGGCUACGAGAAAAGCCCCUCUUGCCAGUCGUGUCCUGAGCCGGGAACGGCCCACGAGGACAAUUGGGUCUGGUCUCCUCAGUAUGCCAUCCAGAUGCACCAGCCGGAAACUUGGGGCAUCCUUCAAUUCGAGGACUCCACCGAGGUCGGUGCCACGUACUACCGGGAGUGGCCGAGCCGAAGUGCGGCCAUGGCCAUCUACUAUGCGCAGCAUGCGUAUGCUGCAAAGCAUGAAGGUGCUUUCACCACGCAGCUGCACGACCUGCUGCAGUUUUCUUCAGAGCCUUUCCCUGUUUGUGCGGAUGCGGACACCAUCAUCAGUGCGGCAGGGGAGGGCAAAUCGGCUAUGUUUGAGGCCACAGUGCGGUCCCCGGCCAGCCCAGAGGUGGCGGCCACCGUGCGCUCAGACCGCUACCUGACGGUGGCAAAGUGA